UCGAUUAGUUGGCUGUUAUUAAAGUGUCAUCACUAAAAGCAAGCCUCGUAUGUCACCCCGCGAUUUUGUGAAUAUUUCGUAAACUUACUAACAAAAAUAAAAAAUUAUUUGGUAGAGGAUAUAAGAUGUCUAAUGCAUCUUCUAAUUGGUUGGAACUGGAAAUUGAAGACUCUUACGAAGUUGCCGGCAUUCGCUAUAGUCGUAGCUCCUCCAGAGCUAGCCAGAGCUCCUUCGCCGAAAGUGUAACUUCCAGUUCAAGUUCAAGCUCUUCAAGUUCCAGCAGUUCAAGCUCAAGCGAUUCGUCCACAAGCUCUUCUUCCAGUUCAAUAGCCUCAGCUUCAGGCUCCAACCCACUUAGAUUUUCCUUUCAAGUUAACUCAAUAAGACUUAGAAUGGACAGUUCGUCUGAGGACUCACGUAACAGAGAUUCAGUAUCAAAUUUGUCAAUUGACGUAGCCCAAAUGGAGGCUGAAAUAGAUCGCAUUAACCGCUUUUGCGAGGAUGUUAUUGCCCAAGUUGAAAUUGUGCCUUCCACCUCCACCCCAACGGCUGAGCGAUCCGGUCGUCGUACAUUCAAUAUAACUUCACCAGUUGAGGUGAUUGAUUUAUCUAAUUUGGAAUUGGCUCCACCACCACGCUCGGCUAGAAAUCGUGUUCCUGACGCUGUAAUCGAUUUAUGUACCCCAGAUGGGCCCUCGGGCGGUCGCCGCACACGUCCAGCUACAGGUCCCACAGGAAAUAUGCGCCGCAGUCUUGAUCAAGAAAUUUCAUGUGUGGAAGUCGUAGAUGAUGAGGGUAUUUCGCCACCCAAGCGCCGGCAGCUUGAUCAAUCAAAGGAGGAUGAUACUUACAAUUGUCCGGUCUGCUUGGAUAGUGUUCGUCGCCGUGAACCGGUAUCCACCAAAUGCGGCCACGUUUUCUGCCGCGUGUGUAUCGAGGGUGCCAUACGCACAACUCAUAAGUGUCCGAUGUGUAACAAAAAGAUCCCGUCAGUCCGUAAUCUUUUCCGCCUAUACCUAUAAAAUGUUUGCGUUAAAGCUCAUCAUUGUUGCAUCUCUGUGAGACCAAUUGAAUUAUUUAAAAAAUAUGUCAUUAACUUUAACUUUAAGUUCUUUUGAAUUGCGGUUCGCCAAAUAUACUUUUAUACUCGUUA